CCCCGCCCGCCUCUCGCAGGGCGGUGCCGUUGCUACGGGGCGCGCGCGGCGCGGGAACCGAACGGCGGCCGCGGGGCGUCAUGGCCGCUGUGUGCGAGGAAGAUCCAUCCCUGGAGAGGCACUUCAAGGGCCACAGAGAUGCUGUCACUAGUGUGGACUUCAGUUGUGCUAAGAAACAAUUGGUGAGUGGCUCAAUGGAUUCGUCCCUGAUGAUCUGGAGUAUGAAGCCUCAGAUGAGAGCCUAUCGCUUUGUGGGCCACAAAGAUGCAGUUUUGUGUGUCCAUUUCUCACCUUCUGGUCACCUUGUGGCUUCAGGUUCUAGAGACAAAACAGUCCGUUUGUGGAUCCCUAAUGUCAAAGGAGAAUCGACUGUGUUCAAGGCUCACACAGGGACUGUGAGGAGUGUUCAUUUCUCCAACGAUGGGCAGUCCUUAGUUACAGCUUCUGAUGACAAAACAGUCAAAGUGUGGACGGUUCACAGGCAGAAGUUUCUGUUCUCACUGAGUCAGCACAUCAACUGGGUUCGCUGUGCCAGAUUCUCUCCUGAUGGACGAUUGAUAGUGUCAUCCAGUGAUGAUAAAACUGUCAAGCUGUGGGACAAAACCAGCAGAGAAUGCAUCCACUCCUUCUGUGAGCAUGGAGGGUUUGUGAACCACGUGGAUUUCCAUCCCAGCGGUAACUGCAUUGCCGCGGGGGGCACGGACAACACGGUGAAGCUCUGGGACGUCAGGAUGAACAGGCUGCUUCAGCAUUACCAAGUGCACAGCUCUGUGGUCAACAGUCUUUCCUUUCAUCCGUCCGGAAACUACCUGGUUACUGCUUCUAGUGAUUCAACUCUUAAGAUUCUGGACUUGCUGGAAGGAAGACUUCUCUAUACUCUGCAUGGUCACCAGGGACCAGCUACCUGUGUAGCAUUUUCAAGAGACGGAGACUUUUUUGCUUCUGGAGGUUCUGAUGAACAGGUGAUGGUGUGGAAGACUAACUUUGAUGCUGAUUAUGGUGAUGUGGUGAAACCCCAGAAAUAUGGCAGCAGUGUGGAUGGGACCCAUGGCACUGGGCAGUCAGAAAUGGAUUGUGGCGUUCAUCAUCAGAAAACAAAAACUCAGGAUUCUGGUAGGACCCAUGAGCAGCAAGACGAGGAGACCAGUCUUGCAGAUACCCUGGAGCAUAUUAUGGGACAGCUGGAUGUUCUGACUCAGGACAUGCAAGGACACCUCAUUCCCGAGCUGGUGUCCCCUGGCCAUCUGAACAAACUGUGGACAGCUGACUGUCAGCAUUCCGGACAGAUCCAGCCACUCCUGACUGCAUCCUCUCCUGCUGGCAGAGCAGCCAUCAAGGGAUCCGUCCUGACUCCAGAACAAGCCCACCCUGCUCCAUUUGAGCUGUCACCAGGCAACAGCUGCUGAUAUGUCAUUUGCCUUCUCAGACCCAUCUCCUGAUAUGGAAACAGCUCAUCACUGCCCGUAACCAGCAGGAACACCAGGUCCUGUCAGCAUCUAUUCUGGACAUCAAGGCAAGUGGGCCUGGGACAGCUUUAUCUGGGGUAGAACAUUACUACUGGUGUUGUACUAGAACUUCUGCUUGCCUGCUGCUGCCGUGCCCUGAGGCCAGGAAAAGCACUCCCAGACAGGCUGACCUUCCAAGGUGUGUUAUAAAUGGAGUGAAAACCCAGGUAUUUUUGAAUACAUGUAUAUGAGUGGUUGUUUUGGACAGGAACUGCUGGUUCUGGGUGCUGGGAACUGCAGGAGCAACCUCUGUCAGUGCUGCAUGUCCAGCUCAGGGCUGGAGAGACCAGGCUCAGGGCUGCGUUGCCCAAUGCACACAGCCAUGCUGUUCUUCCAGCAUUCAGACUGUGUGGAGGUAAGAGGCAGAGGGGUUAUUUUGUUUGCUUAGUUUUAUUUUUUAAAAAACUUCCCAUAUUUUUUAAAUUCCUCGCCCACACAAAUCCAUGGGAUGAACAAGCAAGGUCUUAGUCCAGCUGGUUUUGGGUGCACUUAAAAAUCCCCACGGGGAUUUUUUUAUCUGGCAGGGCUGGGAUCCUCUUUUCGUGGUCAUAAAAACAUUUCUACUGAUUAGUUACACUUAUUUAUUUGUCCAAACACACAGCAGCUCAAGCCUGUAUUUGUGUGUGUACUCAAACGUCUUCCAAAAGCCACUCCUACCACCUCUGCAAAAUAGUUGGAGGGUGACACAAGAGUGACGAACAUCUGGCCGUGGCGAUGCUCUGGAGUGAAUGAACUGGAGUUGUGAAUGGAGACCCGGUGCUGAGGUGGUGGUGACUUCACACAAAACAACCCAGGCUUCCAUGCCCUUGUGUCCCAAGGGAGAGGCAGCGACCCUGAGCACCCAGCUCAGGAAAGUCCCUCGCUCAAGCAAGAGACUUCAGCAGAUGCUUCAUCCAAGCUUUUCUGCUGGCAAGGAUCAAGGCUGGAUUUGUGAUUCCAGUGUUCACACUGAAAUCCGUGCUUAGCGCUGACUCACAGGGGAAGCAGAGGUUUGUGAUCUGUGGCAGGGAUCAGCUGUCCUGCUCGUCAGAGCUUCCAGAUUGAUGACGGGGUAUUUGUUGGGAGAAGUAAGAAAUUCUGCUGCUUGGGACUGAUAGAAUGUCACUUAAUUGCUAAGGCACUGGGAAAGCCUCCGAGAUUGAGUCCAUACCAGCUGCUGGGUUCACAUAUUGGUGGAAUCCUGCUGUUGUAAGUAUAUUCCCAGACAAAUGUGAUUUUUGUGCUCUGGGGAGUUAGCAAAGUUUUAUUAUUUUUUAUUAUUUUUCAAACAUUGUCUCUACAAGCUACUCACACUUCUCCAAGAACAUAUCUUUGCCAUUACUACUAAGUAGGUGUUUUAAAACCUUUGGAAAAACGAACGCUGAAAUGAAAUCCAGAAACAAUUAAAUCAUCC